AUGCAAGAAGAAGAGAUCCUGAAGACCCGAGUUGGUAAAUACGAGCUUGGAAGAACUUUGGGAGAAGGAACUUUCGCUAAGGUUAAGUUCGCGAGGAAUGUUGAAAAUGGUGAUAAUGUAGCCAUUAAAGUCAUUGAUAAAGAGAAAGUUUUGAAGAAUAAGAUGAUCGCUCAGAUUAAGCGUGAGAUUUCGACUAUGAAACUCAUCAAGCACCCAAAUGUGAUCCGAAUGAUUGAGGUGAUGGCCAGCAAAACUAAGAUCUACUUUGUGUUGGAAUUCGUUACUGGUGGAGAGCUUUUCGAUAAAAUCUCAAGCAAUGGGAGGUUGAAGGAAGAUGAGGCGAGGAAGUACUUCCAACAGCUUAUUAAUGCGGUGGACUAUUGUCAUAGCAGAGGAGUUUAUCAUAGAGACCUUAAGCCAGAAAAUUUGCUUUUGGAUGCAAAUGGGGCUCUGAAAGUGUCUGACUUUGGAUUGAGUGCUCUACCUCAACAAGUCCGAGAGGAUGGGUUACUUCACACGACAUGUGGAACCCCCAAUUAUGUUGCUCCAGAGGUAAUCAACAACAAAGGUUACGAUGGAGCGAAGGCGGAUUUGUGGUCUUGCGGUGUGAUUCUCUUUGUCUUGAUGGCUGGUUAUUUACCUUUUGAAGAUUCUAAUCUAACGUCAUUGUAUAAAAAGAUCUUCAAAGCAGAAUUUACCUGCCCUCCCUGGUUCUCAGCAAGUGCGAAGAAGUUAAUCAAAAGGAUUCUGGAUCCCAAUCCAGCAACGAGGAUUACAUUUGCUGAAGUCAUUGAAAAUGAAUGGUUUAAUAAAGGGUAUAAAGCACCUAAAUUUGAGAAUGCUGACGUCAGCCUUGAUGAUGUUGAUGCGAUUUUUGAUGAAUCAGGGGAGUCUAAAAACCUUGUUGUGGAGAGGCGAGAAGAAGUUAAAACACCAGUAACUAUGAAUGCUUUUGAGCUCAUCUCAACAUCCCAGGGUCUCAAUCUCGGUUCACUUUUCGAAAAACAAAUGGGGCUUGUGAAACGAAAAACUCGAUUUACUUCCAAAUGUUCGGCUAAUGAGAUAGUCACAAAAAUUGAGGCUGCAGCAGGGCCUAUGGGGUUUGAUGUCAAGAAAAAUAACUACAAGAUGAAGCUUCUAGGAGAGAAAUCAGGUCGGAAGGGUCAGUUAGCAGUUGCCACCGAGGUUUUUCAAGUUGCUCCAUCGCUUUAUAUGGUUGAAAUGCGAAAAUCAGGGGGUGACACCUUGGAAUUCCAUAAGUUUUACAAGAACCUGACCACGGGGCUUAAGGACAUUGUUUGGAAAACAAUCGACGAAGAGAAAGAGGAAGCAGCCGAAGGUGGUACUAAUGGUGCCGUGGCUACUUCUUGA